UGCCGGGUCAAACCGUCUGUUUGUCUCAAAGCUUCCACGCUGAACGACGCACAAAUGGCGGACCUAAAGUGAACAUUAUGGUCAUUCUUUGGCUACAAACAAGCUUUGGGGCGCACACAUCCACUGGGAGAUAGCAGGUGACUUGUAAUGUAGCGGAGCGGAUGUGUCCUUGUCGGCGAGCCGAGGAGGUGGAGCGUGAGGCGGCUUCUUGUCUGAAACCUUCCGCGACGUGAGCUAGCUAAAUAGAGCCCGAACAUGGCUUCCUCUUUGGGUUGCUUCAAUGGCCCCGAAGUGUUGGAGGACGUCAGCCACGCCGGGAGUUUGAUGAAGGGGCUGAAGGCGUUGUAUGAUAGUCGUCUUCUCUCGGACGUCGCCAUCGAGGUUGACCUGGAUGGAGAGCCCCUGCAGCCCCGCGGUGGUUAUGGCGAUGGGGCCAUGAGUGACAGCCCCGUCCAGCUCUUCCUGUGCAGCCGCAACGUCCUCGCCGCUGCAAGCCCAUACUUCAAGAGCAUGUUCACCGGCGGCCUGAACGAAAGUGUCCAGGAGAAGGUGGUCAUCCACGGGGUGGACGCCGAGUCCAUGUCGGUCAUCGUGAAUUACUGCUACACGGGCAUGGUGACCAUCACGGAGGGCAACGUGCAGAGGCUGUACGCCGCCGCCAACAUGCUGCAGCUGGAGUACAUCAGGAACGCCUGCUCCAGCUUCAUGAUCCGCCGGCUGGACCUCUCCAACUGCGUGGGCGUCCUCAAAUUUGCCGACACCUACGACAACCCCGAGCUGAAAGCCAGCGCUCAGGCCUUCAUCGCCAGGAACUUCGGCCAUCUGUGCGGCGGCGGGGAGCUGUGCGAGCUGGAUCUUGUCCAGCUGAAGGAGUUGCUCUCCUUGGACACGCUGGACGUGGACUGCGAGGGGAAGGUGUGCUCGGCCGCCCUUCGGUGGAUCGAGGUCAACGCUCCCCAGAAGAAGGAGGAUGCGCUGCAGGCGCUGAGGUGCGUACGCUGGAACCUGUUCACCGAGAAGGACAAGCGCUACCUGGAGGGGCCGGUGGCGAGGCCGUUCAUCGAGAAGCACCUGGAGUCCUUCUUCAACGGACCCGCCGGGGCCGGCUGCUGCACCUUGUCCACGUUCCUGGACGUCCCCAAGCACAGGAUAGGCGUCAGCGCCAAGGAGAUGAUCCUCUUCUUCGGUCUACCCAACGACAACAUCAUGUGCUGCGACCCGUACUCUGAGGAGCUCUACUUCAUGUCCGCUCCUCUUGUGGACCUCAGCAACCAGGACUACAAACGCUCCACCAUGGAGUCCCUCAUCGCGUGCUCCACCCCGGAAAACAACCUCUACUUGGCGUCCCACCUGUCCAAACACUUCUGGCAGUACAACCCGGUGCUCAACAGCUGGAAGGAGCUGGCAGAGAGGCCGCUGGGGAGGAUCCACUCGGGGAUGGGGUACCUCAACGGUCACGUGUACCUCCUCGGGGGCAGGAACCCUGUGACGGACGCGCGGCUGAAGGAGGUGGAGUGUUACAGCGUGCAGAGGAACCAGUGGACCUUUGUGGCGCCUCUGCCUCACUCCUUAGGAAAAAUGCAGGUGGUGGCGCUGAACGACCAACUGUACGUGGUCAACAAGAGGCGCAUGCUGUGCUACGACCCGCGCUGCAACCGCUGGCGCCUGUGCGGCUCGCUGCGGCGGGAGAAGCUGCACAAGGCGUGCGUGUACCAGGACCAGAUCAUCUGCGUGUGCGACAUCCCCGUGGUGAAGGCCUACAACCCGGCCAGGGGGGAGUGGCGGCGGCUGGGCGACAUCCCCAUCGACAGCCACGCCCUCAACUACCAGGUGAUCCAGCACGGCGGCAAGCUCCUCCUCCUCACGCAGACGCUGCUGCAGCACAACAAGAACCGCGUCCUCAUGCACGAGUACGACCUGGCGCGGGAGAGCUGGAAGACCGUCAUGGCCGUCUACGUGGCCACGCUGGGGCCCGUGUGCGUGUCCACGCGCGUCUACCCGGCGUGCCUCGGCUCGGCGCGCAGUUUCCCCACGGAGGAGGACGACGACAGCGGCUCCAGCGCCGACUGGGACCUGGACGGCUUGACGGACGCGGAUUCCGACACAGGCAGCUCUAGCUCGUUCUCGGACGAGAACUGGUAGACAAGACCUGUUUUUCUGAACACAGCUCGGAUGCUCUCAUCCUGUUCAUGGUGAGCUGGAGCCUACCCCAGCUGACUUAGGAGCCGUGGACUGGCUGAGCUAAAUGUCCCGGGAGAUUUUUAUAGCCCAGUUCCUCCUGAGAUUUGUUUGUUCUUUCAAAAUCAACAUGGCGGGCAGUUUACAAUGUUUUCCACCCUUCCCACUCACAUUCUUCGUUUGCAGACGUGUCGUGAAGCUUUGCUAGUAAAAUAUUCCAAACGUCAA